CGGCCUUCCUGCAGCCUCUUCCGCUCUCCGGCUGCGGCGCCUGGGACGGUUGCGGUGGGUCUGGGCGCUGGGAAGUCGUCCAAGAUGAUUAAAAAAUUCGACAAGAAGGACGAGGAGUCUGGUAGUGGCUCAAAUCCUUUCCAGCAUCUGGAGAAGAGUGCUGUUUUACAGGAGGCUCGUAUAUUCAAUGAAACUCCAAUCAAUCCAAGAAGAUGUUUGCAUAUUCUUACAAAGAUUCUUUACUUACUAAACCAGGGUGAACACUUUGGAACAACGGAAGCUACCGAAGCCUUCUUUGCAAUGACGCGAUUGUUUCAAUCUAAUGAUCAAACAUUGAGGAGAAUGUGCUACCUUACCAUCAAAGAAAUGGCUACCAUCUCUGAGGAUGUGAUAAUUGUCACAAGCAGUCUGACUAAAGACAUGACUGGAAAAGAAGAUGUAUACCGAGGCCCGGCCAUCAGGGCUCUCUGCAGAAUCACUGAUGGAACAAUGUUGCAAGCCAUUGAAAGAUACAUGAAGCAGGCCAUUGUGGAUAAAGUUUCCAGUGUAUCCAGUUCAGCACUGGUGUCUUCCUUGCACAUGAUGAAGAUAAGCUAUGAUGUGGUUAAGCGCUGGAUCAAUGAAGCCCAAGAAGCUGCAUCAAGUGAUAAUAUUAUGGUCCAGUACCAUGCAUUGGGAGUCCUGUAUCACCUUAGAAAGAAUGAUCGACUUGCUGUUUCCAAAAUGUUGAAUAAGUUUACUAAAUCUGGUCUCAAGUCACAGUUUGCUUACUGCAUGCUGAUCCGAAUUGCCAGUCGUUUACUGAAAGAAACUGAGGAUGGCCAUGAAAGUCCACUGUUUGGUUUCAUUGAGAGUUGCUUGCGAAAUAAACAUGAAAUGGUUAUUUAUGAAGCUGCUUCAGCUAUCAUCCAUCUUCCUAACUGCACUGCAAGAGAGUUGGCACCUGCUGUUUCAGUUCUUCAGCUUUUCUGUAGUUCUCCUAAGCCAGCCUUGAGAUAUGCAGCUGUGAGGACUUUGAACAAGGUGGCAAUGAAGCACCCCUCUGCUGUUACUGCCUGCAAUCUGGACUUAGAAAACUUAAUCACAGACUCAAACAGAAGCAUUGCUACCUUAGCCAUUACUACACUCCUCAAAACAGGAAGUGAGAGCAGUGUGGACAGGCUCAUGAAGCAGAUAUCUUCUUUUGUGUCUGAAAUCUCAGAUGAGUUCAAGGUGGUGGUUGUACAGGCAAUUAGUGCUCUCUGUCAGAAAUAUCCUCGAAAGCACAGUGUCAUGAUGACUUUCCUCUCCAACAUGCUCCGAGAUGAUGGAGGCUUUGAGUACAAGCGGGCCAUUGUGGACUGCAUAAUCAGCAUUGUGGAAGAGAACCCUGAGAGUAAAGAAGCAGGCCUAGCCCACCUUUGUGAAUUCAUUGAGGACUGUGAACACACUGUUCUGGCUACUAAGAUUCUACACUUGUUGGGCAAAGAGGGCCCUAGAACGCCUGUCCCCUCCAAAUAUAUCCGCUUUAUUUUUAAUAGGGUUGUCCUGGAGAAUGAGGCUGUCAGAGCUGCUGCUGUGAGUGCUUUGGCUAAAUUUGGGGCUCAGAAUGAGAGUCUUCUCCCAAGCAUCCUUGUACUCUUACAGAGGUGUAUGAUGGAUACUGAUGAUGAGGUACGAGACAGAGCUACCUUCUAUCUGAAUGUGCUGCAGCAGAGGCAGAUGGCACUAAAUGCCACAUAUAUCUUUAAUGGUUUGACGGUCUCCGUACCAGGGAUGGAAAAAGCCUUACACCAGUACACGUUGGAGCCUUCAGAAAAACCAUUUGACAUGAAAUCAAUUCCUCUUGCUAUGGCUCCUGUCUUCGAACAGAAAGCAGAAAUCACAUUUGUGGCUACUAAGCCAGAGAAGUUGGCUCCUUCCAGGCAAGACAUUUUCCAAGAACAAUUGGCUGCCAUUCCUGAGUUUCUGAAUAUAGGACCCUUGUUCAAGUCUUCUGAGCCUGUUCAACUUACAGAAGCAGAGACAGAAUAUUUUGUUCGAUGUAUCAAGCACAUGUUUACCAAUCACAUUGUGUUCCAGUUUGACUGCACCAACACUCUCAAUGACCAGCUGCUGGAAAAAGUGACAGUGCAGAUGGAGCCAUCAGAUUCCUAUGAAGUGCUGUGUUGUAUCCCAGCCCCCAGCCUUCCUUAUAACCAACCAGGAAUAUGUUACACUCUUGUUCGUUUGCCUGAUGAUGACCCUACGGCAGUUGCAGGCACCUUUAGCUGCACAAUGAAGUUUACAGUCCGGGACUGUGACCCUAACACUGGAGUUCCAGAUGAGGAUGGGUAUGAUGAUGAGUAUGUGCUGGAAGAUCUCGAAGUGACUGUGUCUGACCACAUUCAGAAAGUACUGAAGCCUAACUUUGCUGCUGCUUGGGAAGAGGUGGGAGAUACCUUUGAGAAAGAGGAAACCUUUGCCCUCAGUUCUACCAAAACCCUUGAAGAGGCUGUCAACAAUAUCAUCACAUUUCUGGGCAUGCAGCCAUGUGAGAGGUCCGAUAAAGUACCUGAAAACAAGAAUUCCCAUUCGCUCUAUCUGGCAGGUAUAUUCAGAGGUGGCUAUGAUUUAUUGGUGAGGUCCAGGCUGGCCUUAGCCGAUGGAGUAACCAUGCAGGUGACUGUCAGAAGCAAAGAGAGAACACCUGUAGAUGUUAUCUUAGCUUCUGUUGGAUAAAGGCUUACUGGACAAGAGGAAACUGAUGUACACUUCGCGGUCGGUGGGCUUUUAGGCUAGUGGCAUCAGUUUCCCAGAAUCACACUUUUGAAGAUGAAUGACUUUGGAGAAGCAAAUUAAACAUUUGGCCCUGAGCCAGCAGAUCAAGCAGGUGUCUAUCUUUGUGCAUGGGUUGUUUUUUUUUUUCUUUUUAUUAUACUUGGUCAGCUUUGGUACGAUAGUGCAGCUUCAGGUGAUCUUGAAAAUCAAAUACUAUCCUAUACUCCAGCUGCUUAACUUCAUUUUAUUCUUUAAUUUAAUGUGUACCUGAAAGCUCCUGGCAAUGCUGGAAAAUUUUUAUCCCAGAGGGGUGGGGGUGAGGGGGAGGGGAAGCCAGAGUCCACUUUUGUCACAAUUCAUUUUUAUUAAUAGAAAAUAAACACUUAUUCCAGUUUCAAAGUUGUUAUACUUGAAGUUGCUAAUUUUAAAAAAUGAAUUUUAAAUAAUCACUUAAUCCUGCUUUGACUAAGACAAUGAAAUGUGGCUUAAAAAAAAAGUAUUCAGCACCAUUUGCUCAUAGGUCUUUCAGAGUUUGUUCUUAAAGUUUCUGGAACUUUCCUGUCUGUAAAAUAUAGGAAUUACUGAGCUACAUUGGAAAGCCUCUCUGGGACAGGCAAUGGGGAGUUAAGCAGUCAUCAUAAAGGAAUCAGUGUACAUUCAGCAUGGUGACUUGGACUACACAACAAUCCCUUCCCCUCUAUAGUAGCUCAAGAGAAACAUGCUUCUAAGCACUGAGGUAUGAGGAGUCCCAGACAGUUAUUUGCUGUUAGAAUUGGUCUUCCCAGCUAAUAACAGUCAAUAUCUGGCACAGAUGCUAUUGGUCCUUAAUGUCCUGUGAUUUUAGGAAGUAGUUUGGAUUUAGUUCAAUUUAUUCAGAAGUCAAACAUGUUUAAUUAGCUUCACUACUCUGGCAGAGUAAGGGUAUGCUGGUUUAGUGUCUUUAUAAAAUAUAUGUAAUGUAUAGGUAAAUCAUAGUCUUAAAUACCUAGAAUACUAUAUUAUUUAAACCAAUAUCUAUUUUAACAAAAUGUUUAUAACUAAAAACAGCUGAUGAAACUAAAUCCAAAGUUAUGACAAAGAGGACUCAGCUCUGUGUUGCUUAAAGAACUUUUAAAAGGCAUGUGCCCAUAAAGUCAUUCAAGGAAAGGGACGGAGGCCCCCUUCGCCUCCUCCUUACUACAGAAUUCCUGUUGGGGCUGGGCCAGAAAUGAGCACUUCUAAAUAUUUCAGAGAAAUCCAAAGUGUUAAAAAGUAUUUUAUGCAAAAGAACGUCUUUCUGCAUCAGUGAAUAGUAAUGCCUAUCAGAAUUUCCUAAUA